AUGGAUGAGAAAUCGGCUAAUGAAGCUACCCCGAACCAUAUCUCUGGUCCAGUUUCUACUCGAGCGGAGGAAGCAUCCUCAAAAUCAUCAAGAGACCUUGACGAUGCGUACGAGCUUUACCAGAGACAAGAUGCUAUAGAUAUCGAUCCGCAAGAAGCGCACCAAGUGCUACGGAAAAUUGACUGGCAUAUCAUGCCUCUUCUGAUGGGAACUUAUCUGCUCCAAUACCUUGACAAAUCCACUGUCAAUUUUGCAAGCGUAUUCGGACUACAGCAGGGAACAAAUUUACAUGGUCAAGACUAUUCGUGGUCACUGUCCAUAUUCUACUUCGGUUACUUGGUAGCACAGUGGCCUGCUGGCUACCUUCUCCAGAGACUUCCAGUUGGGAAGUUCCUUGGCGGCACUACCAUAGUUUGGGGCAUGCUUACUAUUGUUACACCGGCUUGUAAGAAUUUCGCUGGGCUCGCCGUAAACCGAUUCUUGCUAGGUUGCUCCGAGGCUGUUGUGAAUCCGGGUUUUGUGCUAGUCCUUUCGAUGUGGUGGCGACAGGAUGAGCAACCGUUGCGAGUAACGACCUACUACAGCAUGAAUGGAAUAGCGGGAAUCUUUGGAGGUUUACUUGGGUAUGCUGGCCUACCACCAUGGAUGUACAUUUUCCUCAUAUUUGGCUCGAUAAGCCUGGCUUGGGGCAUUUUAUUCUUGAUAUUCAUGCCCGACAUUCCUUCUACUGCGCGAUUUUUGAACGAGAGGCAGAAAAUUAUAGCAGUUGAGCGAGUGACCAUGAACCGACAAGGAGUGAAGAACCACCAUUUCAAGUCCUAUCAGAUGUGGCAGUGUUUCCGAGAUCCGAUGACAUGGAUACUAUUCGUCAUGGCCAUUGCUGCGCAAAUCCCUAUUGCUGCGCAAUCCAGCUUCACGUCAAUCAUUCUAGAAACAUUCGGGUUCGGCGUACUCGAGACGCAGUAUCUGCAGAUACCAGGGAACGUGGUACAGGUUUGCUCUCUGCUCCUAUCCGGUUGGAUCAGCUCCCGAUUUCCUAAUUUACGCUGUGCUGUUAUGUUGAUAAGUAACUUGAUCUGUGUUGGCUGCACUGCGGCUCUCGUCGGAUUGCCAGUUGGCUCAGAUGGAACAGGAAACCGCUGGGGGCGAUUAGUUGCUCUGUGGCUAUGUUCAUUUAGUUCGGUGGGCUUCAGUUUGAGCAUGACCAUGGUAAGCAGCAACGUGGCUGGAUAUACGAAGAAACAACUCACGGGCGCUUUCCUCUUUGUGGGCUACUGCGUUGGGAAUAUCAUUGGGCCGCAGACCUUCAAGGACUCAGAAGCUCCAUUCUAUACCUCAGCUUAUAUCGCGAUGCUUGUCGGCUAUUGUGUGAAAACGGUGAUGGCUGCCGUAUUAUACCUAUACAUGUGGACGGAAAACAAGAAACGGGACAGGGAGGCUGCCAUACAUGGCGCGAGACUCUCAGAAGAACAGGAGAAAGAAGCUAUCGAACAAGGCAUGCAGGAUGUCACCGAGUUGGAUAACAAAGGCUUUAGAUACGUGUUGUAA